AUGGAGGCGUUUAGGGUAUACGACACCUCCUCGUCUUCUCCCUCUGUUCCCCCAUCGGAGAAUGGACAAGCGCCGGCGGCUCCUCUUUUAGAUCGCGAGCACAUGUUCGACAAGGUGGUGACGCCGAGCGAUGUCGGGAAGCUGAACCGCCUCGUGAUCCCAAAGCAGUACGCGGAGAGGUUCCUCCCCCUCGACCCGUCUGUUGCCGUCAAGGGCCUCAUCAUGUCCUUUCAGGACCUUGCUGGUAAGCAAUGGUGCUUCCGCUACUCCUACUGGAACAGCAGCCAGAGCUACGUCAUGACCAAGGGGUGGAGCCGCUUCGUGAGGGAGAAGCAGCUCGCUGCAGGCGACACCGUGUCCUUCCUCCGCAGCGCCGGCAACGCUGGGCAGGACCGCCUCUUCAUCGACCUGCAGCACCGCCCUCCGCUUCCCAUCACGCAGUUCUCUCUUCCCGGACGGCCAGUGGGACAGUGGAGCGGAUUCAUCGCAUCGUCCUUCUACUACCGAUCGGCAUGUCCGCGACAUGUAGGGGUGCAAGCAGAUGCAGGUAGGAGUGACAUGGUGAGCAUGCCGCUGGUCCCAGGCUCAGUUCCGGUGGUCUUCGGCACAGCUAAGCCAAAGCAGCUCAGGCUGUUCGGAGUAAACCUAGAGUGGCCGGACGCGGAGGGCAGCAGCAACUCCCAAUCCUCGCCAUCAUUGCAGCCUGCUCGCUGGUGGAGCACCUGA